CCAGCGUGGAAUGGACGUCGUUCGGCAGGUCCAGGAAGUAAACUGUCCGGUUCUGCCAGUGGUAAACAGAAAUCUCCUACGGAGACAGGUUAUUUAAUUCGCAAUAAAUUCAAAACUGGCGACUUAAUUUUUUUUUUCUACGGGCUUUCCCUGAGACUUCUGCAGGGGCUCCCUCGGGUUACCUAGCAGCGAAUUCUCUGCUUCCCUUUUCACCGAGCGCAGGUGUCAAGCUGUCAGCUGUGGACUGCAAAAGGAAGCAAAGCCUCUUCCUUGAUCAUGGUAGAUGCUGCUCUGGCUCAGGUGGGAAAGAACCUGAGUGAAGCCAUGAGGAUCCUUGGAGAUGGACAGAUGGAGCCAGACGCAGGAAUGGAAAGCCGACGUUUCAGUAGAACCAGUAUCCCCGGACCUCUACAGGGAGAUGGGCAGGAUGUAACCACAAUACUGCACCUUGUUCACCACCUCAUCCAUGAAGAGGAAGAUGAAGAGGAUGGGAGGGACAAGGCCAGCCAGCCGAUCCAGAAUGUGGGGGAACAGGGUCACAUGGCCUUGCUGGGCCACAGCCUGGCAGCAUACAUCUCCGUGCUGGACAGAGAGCGGCUCCGGAAGCUAACCACUCGGAUUCUGUCUGAUACUACGCUGUGGCUCUGCAGGAUCUUCAGGUAUGACAAUGGCUCCGCCUAUUUCCAUGAAGAUGACAGGGAUGGCCUUGUAAAGGUCUGUCGGCUCGCCAUCAACGCCCGUUACGAGGAAUAUACAACUGAAGGCUAUGCUGCCUUAAACUCCAGACAGCCAGUUAUCUACCAAAGCGCCUCCUGCAGGCCUGGCCUGGGACAACACGUAUGCAACCAGCUUGGCUUGCCUCUGUCCAGCCUGUGCACAGUGCCAUGUAACACCAUCUUUGGAUCCCAGCACCAAAUGGAUAUUGCCCUGUUGGACAAGUUGAUCAAAGAGGACACAGACGCUGGGAAGCUUCCUUUGCUGCUGAUCGCCAACGCAGGGACCCCUGAAGCAGGUCAUACAGACAAACUGAGUCGCCUUAAAGAGCUGUGUGACCAGCAUGGUAUAUGGCUUCAUGUGGAGGGGGUCAACCUGGCCACCCUGGCUCUGGUCCAGGUCACCUCUGCUGUCAUGGGAGCCACCAGAAGUGACAGUAUGACGCUGACACCUGGUCGCUGGCUCGGACUGCCUGCAGUAACUGCUGUCACCCUCUACAGACACGAAGACCCGGCCCUGUCCCUAGCAGCUGGUCUGACCUCCAGCCAGCCUGUGGAGAAGCUGCGGGCGCUGCCUCUGUGGCUCUCUCUCCAGUACCUGGGCCACAACGGGAUUGUUCAGAAGAUCAGACACGCCACAGCUUUGAGCCAGCACCUCCUGCUGAAGCUGAAAUCUGUGACCUGCAUCAGAACUUCGGUGGAAGAUGAACAAAACUCUCCUGUCGUGCUGUUUAAGUUUUCCCAGGAAUCUAAUAUUGGAGGCAGUGGGGGGUCUGUGGACGGUUUGUGUGCUGGAGAGAAGGAGGUACUGGAUUCCUUCAACGGAUGGAUGGGUGAGCAGCUUGCUCAGCUGGUUCCCUCUAGUGGAGUGGAUGUGGUAGAGCUAGAAGAUGAAGGGACCUGUGUGCGUUUCAGCCCCCUCCUCACAGCUGCAGUGCUGGGAACCCAGCAGGAGGAUGUCGAUGAAGUGGUGCAGAAACUGCUGGAGCUGGUGCCGAUGAUGUCAGCCACAAUGAACUUAAGACAGGACUUCAGGGAGGAGACCCACCGUCAUGCACCGUCAUUCACAUACAUUGAGGAGCUGAGCUGGCCUGGUCUGGGAGCAGUCCGGUAUGAAUCCCAGGCUGAAGGAGCAGACGAGAGCAGGAGGAAACAGGAGCAGAAGAAAAUCAACGAUGCACUGCUGACGAAACUACAAGAGCUUGACACAGACAUCUUUUUCUCCACUGGCCCUGAGUUUGUGACGGAAGAGAACUGCAUCUUUGUGGGCAUGGUGACAGAUGAUGUUGAUGUGUCAGAGCUGGUGGACACAAUAUCCACACUGGGAAGAGACAUAGAGGAGAGCGGAAGGUUACUGGAGAACAUGACAGAGCGUGUGAGGAAGGGCAUCCUGGAGGCAGAGCUGCAGCUGCAGAAAGCCAACCAGGAGAAACUCCUGGAGGAGGGGAUGCUGAGGCAGCUUCCUGUGGUCGGCUCUGUGCUCAAUUGGUUCUCUCCAGUUGAAAGCUCCAUAAAGGGAAGGACUUUUAACCUGGCAGCAGGUUCUCUGGAUUCCACAGACGUAACUUACUCCACCAAAGUCCAGGCAGGCAGGCCGUCCCUCCAAGACGUCCCCACCCUUUCAGCUAAGAGGCUGUCAGGUCAGAGGUUAUUUCGGCGCCCAGGCGCAGGUUCUGACUCGAUGAGUGAGACCAGCUCCGUCGGACCAGCUGACGAGUCAUCCAGAGUGGAGAGCUUCACCAUGAACCCCAACAUCCACCCUUCCAUGUCCACGUCUCCGCCUGAGGAAGCGGAGCACGCCGAGGCCUGCGUCAGACCACUGGCUCUCCAUGGGAACCCAGAGCAGGUAGAGGCAGAGGAGGAGAGGCAGCCUGAAGGCCAAGAGGUGGAUCUGAGUGGGAGAUAGGUCCACUGCACGUCCAGGUGUUCUCCAUCCGUCCUUCACACGCAGCCAGUCUAACAUAUGCUAAACCGAGACACUUGGAGUCCAACCUCUGCAGAAGGCCACCUGGGCAGUUUCAUUUCAACACUUCAGGAUGCCAAAACAACCCAACCAGUCCGUCCGUGUGACUCACUGUGAACUCAGAUCAGUGCAUUUCUACCAGUCUUCCUCUCUUCUGCCUUCACCUUUCUGUUGGUGAAAUCUCUUGAUGGCUUUGGGUUGGAGAUGUAGGCUCAUCACACAUGGAACUGUUUUGAAGUCUUUCCAAUAAACACCCCAGUUGACAUGGUUAAAUUGGGCCAUUUUCAUCUCUGAUACAUUUACAUAAAUAUUUGCAUCAAUGAACUGAAGGAUAGAAUAAUUUAUUUCAAAUAAAACGAUGAUGUCCUUGUAAAAUCUGGCCCACCAGGUCAGUCCAACAGAAUCACUGAAGAAAGAUCAUUUGCACGUUUACAUCCACUCAUCAUGAGUUAUUAUUGUUGUUCAUUCAUUUAUUUGAAUCCUCCCUUUUCAAGGGUUGUGUAAUUAUGCAACAAACAACUUCAGCUUGGAAUUUAUUGCAGACUUUCUCCAACCCACACAUGCUCUAGAUGUACAUACUGGAGCAUGUAUGUUCAUGCUCUAGUAUCAAUAGUUCUAAACCACUAGUGUUGGCCUGUAACGCUCUGGACCGGCCCAUCAUGUCUGAAUGUUUACAGUUAACAAUAUUCACCCCACUGUUGCAGACUCAGUGGCUUUCUGGCUCCAUUUAGUGACAUUUCAGACAAUAAAAGAAUUAAUAUCAGCCAAAAUCAGCAGGUCAGGCUCUUUAAAGAUCGGUAACCAGGGAUCGGCUAGAAAACUGCAAUCAGUGCUGCUGACAUUCUUUGAUUAAGAAUGUGACCUUGAAAUAAACCGGUCUUGAGUAAUACAACACUGCCUUCACCGCCACAAGGUUGAAGUGAAUUUAUCUGCAUCCACCUACAGCCCAGUGUGGAUAAGAGAAAAUCUACAAUAAAUAUGUACUUUUCUGUCCCGAUUCCUGUUUUUUUUAUUUUUAUUUUGGCAGUUAAUUUGAUCAAAAUUCUGCCUUGGAAAUAAAGUAUUAGUGAAUCAUCAAAAGUCCCAAAUUCAGAUCAAACCCACGCCCACAAUGAUUAGAGCUAAACUUGUGACCACGACUCUAGUCAUUUAUACAGUCAUUAUCCAUGACAAAUAAUAGGUUCAUGCAAAAUGAAUGAUCGAUGCAUUACGUUGACAUAUGUGUUAUGCUUUUAAAAUAUUAACUUAUAUUUCUAUAAAACCUUCUGAGCUAUAAUAAAUAACAUGCAUAUUUGCAAUUAAAAAAUAGUAGAAAAUAAUGAAUUGAAUUUAGUACAAAAAGGUGAAAUCUGAAGAACAAGCCUGAGUUUUGACAGAAUUCUAAUGUAAUAUUUUCAUGAACAGGAACGUAGAUCAGACAUUCCACAUUUCUACUGUUACUGUCGGCCGUUAUCCCAUAUGGUUGGAUCCAUAAAAGCUGAAAAACUUUAAAAUAGACAUUUUGUGCUUCAAAAUGUUCAUAUUUACCAAGUAUGUUCAUAUUUAUUCAGUGUAGAAGUGUUUUCAUGAGAAUAUUUGUUAUUACAACUACUGAUAUCAGAAAUGAGCUGCUGAAGUUGCACAUAUUUAACGUAAAAAUAACUUUUAACACCAACAAAUUAGAGAAAUUAAAUCAAAUUCUCUUUAAAGCUGCAGAAGUGGCAAGAUUCAAAGAACCUGACUUUUCUUUUGUUUUUUGUUUUUUUCAUUUUAUUUUUUUAUUAAUCUCACCAGUGAGCAUUUCUAAAUUAUUUACUACAUUGAGGGAUAUUUUUCUUUGCCAAGAUAUUUUAUGUAAGUAGUGUGUGAAGAACCGGAUCUAUGGAAUUGUUUGGGUGUUUGUGCUUUAUUAAUUUUUGUAUUUUUUUGGGGGGUGGACUUGGUCGUAAUUUUGAACAGUUAAGUUGAUUCUGCUAAACGUUUGAAGUCUGCUUUAUAGCACGCGUCUGCACUUUGAUGAUUCUGACAAACAAAUCUGUUUUCCAUGACACACGUUCAGUACCACGCAGAAAUAUUCAUACCCUUUGAACAACAUGACCGUUUUGAAACAUUACAAUCUCAACUUUAAAUGUCUUUUAUAGGAAUUUUAUGUGGUAGACCAACAAAUAGUUCAAUGUACAGAACAAGAAAAACAAUGCAUUUGUUUUAUUAAAAAAUUUAAAAAAAACUCCACAAUUCUCUGUGUUGGUCUCUUACAGAAAAUCCUACAAAAGCCAUAAAUGUUAGUAAGCAGUAAGGGUUAGUAAGGGUAAGGACUCAGGGUGUGAAUAGUUUUGGACAGGACUGCACGCUGGUCAUCCCACCCUUCACCAUGAACUACUGGAGAUCUAGUGCUGCUGGUAGAGCAGGGAUGGAUGUGCUGUUGGAGUGGGGCUGCUGCACUGGCAUUAAGUUUCUAAUUUUAGGGGGAAAAAAUAAUCAAAAUUUCUUCUUGAAUGUGUUCUCUCUUCCUGUGAUGCAAACUUUUGCUUCAGUUAAGGUAUCUUAAAAGUGAUAAGUUGGUUGUUUUGAGGUGGGAAUGUAUGACCUACUUUCAAGCUGUCACUAUCUUACUGACAACAAACCUUGGUCAGCUCGUGUGAUGAGGACUUACUGUAAUGAGAUUGCAUCUUAUCAAAAUUAUAUUAACAUCUACUUAUUGGUUAUUAUUAUUUUCCAUACAAGGUGAAAACUUGAUUAGGAGGGAAUGUUGGCUGUUACAAUGUUGAUUUAAAGGCCCAGUUUGGCUUUUCUGAGACUGACAGACCUUGUGCUUCCUGUUGAGUCAGUCCAACAACAAGACUUGGACUAAAACAGAAGGCUCUGACAUCUUGAAGCAGCUUAAAUGGUUGCUGGUCAUUUUGUGCAUUUUGGUUGUUUUGUGUCCAACAUUAGAAAGGAAAAAAAAAAAAAGCUGUCUGUCAUCGAACGCUUUGUAUGAAUUGCACAUCUAUUCCCACCCAUCCUGGAAAAUUUAGUUUCAGUUUUGACAAGCAAUGACUUCCACUAAUCUCAUAAUCAAACUAUUCUGUAAAAUGCGGUUGUUUAUCAGCAGCGGGUUUGCUCCGGGUUAUUUUGGAUCUAAAAAGUCAGAAUCUGCUAUAUUUGAAAAUCAAUGACCCAAACGGGAGACAGCAUAUCUUGUUGAAGGAGAAUACUGUUUGUUAUAAAGUUUCAUUGAAACCCCAAAUUAUUCACACUGGUAGAUUUGGAUUUAAAAUUAUUUGUAUUCAACUUCUAGGCUGCUUAAGUCAGCCUAAUUCUCUGGUCACUUAAGAUGAAAAUCAUCUUGGCCUGGAGACCGCUAAAAAUAAUAAUCCGUGUGUAAAAGUUGCAAACAUGACCUGAUAGUUUUUGAUGAUUAGCUUUGCGCAGUUAAGAACUCAAACGGUAUGUGUAAAAGGAAAUCUGUUCAGUUACCAAUCACAGAUAAGAUAUUGACUGCUCAUCACUUCUCCACAAAACCCUAUCACAAGAAAUCCUAUUUCUUUAAAUGUGUUUGCAUUGUUGUGCCUCAUUGUAAACUUUGUAUGAGAGGAAACUCUCAGAACGAAACUCUAAUCUCCAAACAGUGAGAAUGAAGGUUCCACCAGAGUUGCACAUCUUCUCUAGAUAAUUAUUUUACUACUGGGUUGUUUUUUUCUUAUGGUGUAAAUGAAACAGAAUUUCCUUACUGAUUCUUUCUGCCAUGGGAUUCUAAUAUAAAAAUUAUAAAGUUUUUAACUUGA